AGUGUUAGAAAAUUCACACUUUCAAAAAAAAGAACAAGAACUCCUAACCUCGCCGCGAACGGAAAGCUAGACUCGAGGUCGAGGGUUUACAAUUGUGGGCACAGCAUGGAGAGAAUUCGAAUGGAGAACUCGAAUCCCUCUGUUGGAACUCCGUUUCCUUUCCCUCCUUAUCGCCAAUCGCAUCUCGAGAGUGAAACGUAUCGUACGCUCGCUCGUAUUCUCUCUCGCUGCUACGAGGCCCCUCAGCUCUGUGAGACCUCUCAUUCUGCGCCUCUUCAGUCGCUAAGACCAGAUCAUGGUAGUAAUGCAUUGGAGCAAGCUUCUGGGAAUGAAGCUCAUGAGUGCUGUGAAUUGGUCAGCCCUGAUGGCACGAAGCCCAUACAUAUUCUGGCUCGUAAUGGGAACCCUAAAGGUAGUAAUUUUAAAGACGGUGGGUCUAAUGAUACUCAAAUGGUAGUAGAUGAAAUAGACACUAUGAUGAGAAUAGAAGAAGAUGAAGAGUUCACUAAACAAAAGGAAAUGAUGGUUGAUUGCCUAACUGAAGGGGCUGAAUCGCAAGAUAGAAGGUCUGAUCAGGUCCAAAUGCUGGUAUAUGAGCUCGAACAUAUUGUAAAAGGGAAUGAAGAACCUGGAUGCAACAACAACAGCAAUGUCUCAACCUCACCGAAAGACAAGAGGCAAAUUUUCAGUGGUGAGUUUAAAUUGAUAAAUAACCCUGAUGAACAUAUUAAACUCACACAAGAUGUUAUGGAGGAAUCUGGAAAUCUUGGUCAGCUACAAAUAGAUGAAGAGCAUUGCAGACAAAACAUUUCUGAUGCCUUGGAUACAUCUUUGGAUAAUUGUGUCAUCAGUAAAGGUUCAAUUUCAGCUCAGGAUAGCAAAAUAAUUUCUUUGAGGGAGACUAUUGUUGUGGAACAAAAUAAUGAACUGGAACAGAAAAAUAUGGAAUUUGAGAAAUUGGCUUGUGCCAGUGGCACAGAGGAUUCUCUUAGCCAUAUGAUUGAAGAUGUGGAAGAAGGAGAAAUACCUGGUCAAUUUGAGGCAUCUGGAAAUUCAGACAAUAGGUUUCUUGAAGAUGCUGUAAUGUUGGAGGAGAAGAAUUCUAAGCAGAAGCAAGUUUCCAAAGACAUAUCAGGGAGAGAAGAUCUCUCUUAUAAUGAAAAAUACAGAGCAAAUGGGAAAGAUUCUGGACUCAGUUCUAUUACCGUGGAUGCAGUCGAUGAAGAAAGUUUUGUUGUGGAAACAAAACGCAAAGAAAGCAUCAGGAAUGAGAUUGUGCCUGGACCCCCAAUGGUUGUUCUGGAAGAUGCUCGAAUAGGUAAAUUGGUAAACCAUUAUGAGAAUCAAAAAGAAGGUGGUGGAGCUGGAGGUGACUGCUCUCCAGCAGAUAUUCCUGAUGAAUUGGCAUUGAGAGGAGAAAAACUGGACGAAAGUGCAUCUGAAGGGCAAAUGAUAACAGCUAAGGAAAAGCAGGAUGCUGGUGUUUGUAAUCAGAAAAAGCGGGCUCCCCCCUCUAAGGAAAAGAAAGCUAAGAAAAAGCAAAGAGAUCGGAAGAAACGAGCAGAAAAGAAUCGGCUACUUGGAGUCAAAAGGUUGAAACUGAAACCAGUAUUGAAACCAAAAGUUGUGGCACAUUGUCGACAUUAUCUAAAGGGCAGAUGCCAUGAGGGGGAGAAGUGCAAAUUUUCACAUGAUGUGAUACCUUUGACAAAAUCCAUGCCAUGCAGUUACUUUGCUCGUAACUCAUGCAUGAAGGGGGAUGACUGUCCUUAUGAUCAUCAGCUCUCUAAGUAUCCUUGCAACAACUAUGCAUCCAUGGGUUCAUGCAGUAGAGGCAAGGAUUGCAAGUUUUCGCACAAGUUGCCGUUGAAGGAAGAUUCUCCACUCAAGAUAGAAUCUUCAUCGAAUCCCAAUUUUUGCAGACCUGGAUUUACGCCUCCAUUCUUGAUGGGUAACUCAAUAUCUAAAAAGCAACUUAGCACUGAUGGACACUCUGAUCAGAAUAUAAAUGUGCUAUCGUCCUAUGCGGGAGAUGUUACUUGUAAGAAUAUUGGACAGAAGGUAAAGAGCACGCAGACUUUGCCCCAACAGACACCCAAAGGCAUCAGAUUUCUAGCUGUGGGAAAAUCAUCGACAAGUGGAUCCAAUGAACUUAGACAGGGCAGCUCAUCUCCAAUGAAUAAUGAGGGUGUCAAAGCUAGAAAUGCUACAGCCAUAAGUGCAUCUGGUACUGCUCAUAAUUUGAAUGAAUUUCCUAAGAGAAAUUCACCAACUGUUCCACCAAAGGGAAUAAAUUUCCUUUCUUUUGGGAAAUCUCUGCUCGAAGAUUCAGGUGCUAGGAAAUUAGCUAAUCUGACUUUGAAUAGCAAUGAAAGUGUCCAAUCAUCUUCAUCAAACAAUGUUGGUGCACAUAAACAAGCUUGCUCAUCGCCAUGUUUGGUUGAUAGUGUAAACAAAGGCAGCUUGACAAACCCAACUACGUCAAACAUGAUUCAGAAGUUAAAUGCGAUGCUGAAGAAAACUCAACCUGCUGCAGCACCACAGAGACCGCCUUUUCCUUCUUUUGAUCAUUAUUCAUUGGAUGUUUUCAAAAGAAAAGAACAAGGGUCAAGUUCAAACCCAUGGAAGAUGCCUGCUACUCCACCUACUUCGGGUCCAUCUGUAGAUUACUUACCUCAUGUGUCCUUUAAAGAGACACCAAACUCCUCUCAGAAGGCACUCAUGUCGACACUUGCAUUUGUUGCAAAGUUUGAAUCCGAUAUGAAGAUCGAUAGAUCCAGUUUUGGCGCUCUGGAGGUUGGCAAUGGGGGUUAUAAGGACAAUGGCACUGGUACUGCUGCUUCUUUAGGUUCACAAAAUGAUUCUGUAAAUUGUUAACAAUUUUGCUUUUCUUGGCCGGAGUUCGUUGUAGAACUGAUUCUUAAGUAGAUUGUUUCUGCUGUAGUUAGAAUAGGAUUCAAGACCCGAGACAACAAAUGUGCUUACUAGCGAUUCUAAUCUUGGAGUGGUCAGAGCCCAAUGUAACAUCCAGCGGCUGUUGAUAGUCAGUCAUUCUUCAUGUAUAACUUUUAGCGCCGGUCAUUGUUAACCAGGAGUUUAUCAGGUUUGGACAUAGCUGGCCGUGAUGGUUUGUAUUUUGGCAAGGGGAAUGGAGGUGAGGUGAAGCCCUCUUGAUCGGUGCAGUGUCGACUCUUUUGGUGGUUCUCUUUACGGUACACCAUACAAUCUUAUAUAACAUGUAGUUUGUUUAUAUUUCAGAUAGUUGAAAUCAAGUUUGUCAUUCCUGAUAUUUUGCCAAAAUCUGUUGAUGGGGGACUCUGUGUUUUCUUGCUGAGUCCUUAUGUGGACUGGUUUUAAGUAUUUAAAUACUAGUUAAAUAUUGUCGUC